AUGGAACGACGCUUGAGCUCCCUCAAGGGGGAUGGUCUCAGGGACGUGGAAGACCGGUUGGCCGAUGUCUUGCCGGAGAACCCUAGGCCGUGGUACCUCACACCUCAUCUUCUAAAAUUGAACCUUUGUAUCGGCGUUGUCUUGCUAUCUGCAACGACAAUGGGGUUUGACUCUUCAAUGAUGAACGGCCUUCAGGGGUUGGAUACCUGGAUGAAUUAUUUCGGCAAUCCGAGCGGCACCUGGCUUGGACUCUUGAAUGCAGUCAUGUUUUUGGGAGGUGUACUACUUGCGUUUCCGACUGCGUGGUUGUCCGACAAGAUUGGUCGACGGUAUACCAUCGUGAUUGGCAUUGUCAUCUUGACAAUAGGAGCCGCAAUUCAAGGCGCAUCGCAGAACAUUGCCACCUUCAUAGUCGCACGUUUCAUAGUAGGCAUGGGGGUGGAAAUCGUCCUCGUCCCAGCACCAGUGCUUAUCACGGAAAUCGCCUACCCUGCGCAUCGAGCCAAGGUAACUGGUCUUUUUCAGACAUGCUUCUAUGUCGGGUCGAUCGCUUCGAGCUGGAUCACAUUUGGCACCUUCUCUCUCGCGUCCACCUGGAGCUGGCGCAUCCCCUCCAUCAUGCAAGCGUUCUUCCCGCUCGUGCAGCUACUUGGGAUCUUCUUCGUUCCCGAAUCGCCGCGUUGGCUUGUGUCCAAAAACAAGCUGGACGAAGCGCGCGCUUUUCUAAUCAAAUAUCACGCCGGGGGAGAUAGUUCUCACCCGUUGGUUCAUCAUGAGAUGGCAUUGAUCACGGCUCAUAUCCAGUCAGACACUGAGAUUGAGCGCAUGGGAUGGUCCGUCAUGUGGAACACAGCAGCUGAUAAGAAGCGCACGGCAAUCGCGGGAUUUGCUGCAAUUAUAUCCCAAUGGUCAGGCAAUGGUAUCAUCACCUACUACCUGGCAAUGGUUCUUGAAACCGUUGGCAUUCAGGAUAGCUUUACGAAGACUCUUAUCAAUGGCAUCCUUCAGAUCUUCAAUCUCUUCGCUGCCAUGAUCGGGUCUUUCUGCAUCGACAGGCUCGGUCGCAGGUCGUUAUAUUUAAUCUCCUGCAUCGGUAUGCUAGUCACAUUUACAGUCUUUACAGUACUGUCAGCAGUCUACUUGGAAACCACAAAUACUGAAGCAAUCGGCCGGACCGUUAUUGCCUUCAUCUUCAUCUACUUUUUCUUUUAUGAUAUCGGCGUCACCCCGCUCACAUUUGCCUACCCAGCGGAAAUCCUUCCCUUCCAUGCUCGCCAGAAAGGAAUCGCCUUCACGAACAUGUGCAACACCAUUGCACUUACAUUCAAUACUUUCGUGAACCCUAUUGCGCUAGAAGCUAUCUCUUGGAAGUAUUACCUGGUCUAUGUGGGGCUCCUGGUAGUUAUGAGUCUUAUCGUAUAUCUCUUCUUUGCAGAGACCAAAGGCCUCUCGCUAGAGGAAAUAUCCGAAGUCUUCGAAGGUCCUGCCAUAACUACAUCAUGGUAUCGACGACGCCACACGUCGGACGAGGUGGACGAAAUCCUCGAUGGGCGCGACAAUACCAAAGAUGACGCCGUCAUUGAGCACUGCGAGAGAGCACAGGAGUAA